GAUGUUGAAGAUUGUAUUUUACGGUGUUCUCGUGGAAUAUAUUGCGGAACCUUAGGAUGCGCAAAUCUAAAAAUUUGUAAGUGAUCUGAUAGUUUCUGCGGUUUCGCUUGGUGAGGUGAAAUUUAUAAGUUACGAUUAUUAAUAACAAAUGCGUGUGCUUCAAUGUUUCCGAAGAGUGAUUGAGAUGUGAUUAUGAACAAAUCACAACAUGCGAUAAUUUCCGAGUGAAAUACUGAUUUGCCUGAAGGCAUACUGCAAAUCUUCGUAGUGGAAGAACGCAAGAAAAUAGGAAAUGUUUAUGGAGCUCAGAUUUGUAUGAGUGGUCGGAAACAUAAGAGAACAGAGUUUUUUGUAGACGAAUUACUUUUAAUGUGAUUUUUACUCGGUGACACUGAUUUUAUUCCUUCGCACUGGCCGACAAGGACGUACAUUAUCGCGGGAAGAAUACUGUAAGGAAGAGCUUUUUACCCUUGCGAGCGGGAUAUAUGUUCAAAACAAGAGUAUUUUUUUUGUGUGCGAUAUACUGGAUUAUACGUGUGCUCAUUCCCUAUCUUCAUGUGAAUAUUUUGGUGGUGUUCAAACGAAAACGAAGAAAAAUUCAGAGAAAAGAUAAUUUAAAGCGGAUCGUCCUGCGCUGUGAUGAACUGUCACAUAUGAACCGUGUUGUCGUUGACGGCAGCUCUCAUCAGUGGUAUCUGGCCUCAUUAUUGGUUCAUGUGAAGCACAGUGGUCCACCGCAUGACGUUUCCACAUUGGAAGAGUUCUACAACUCCCCUUUUUCGGGAAUGUGGAAAUUGUUUCUCCAGUCGGGAAGGAUUGGCACUUCACUAUCGCCUGCACGCAGGGGAUAGAAAUGUUGUUGCUGAUCUGUGUGGUCUUGCAUCUGCUCUGCAACAACCAGCUGCACACUUUUUGUGUCCACAGCCACAGACAGUGAACACAGUUGUCAAUAACAUCAAACAGAUAACUACAAAUGCUGGAACAGUCACAGGUACCAUGGGACAUAAUAUGCCCAAACCAAAACCAUAUGUUUGUUCGGAUUGUGGCAAGUGUUUUACUCAGAGACAUGGACUAGCUCAGCACAACAAACGCCACAGUGGAGGUACUUGUGACAUUCGACAGCACGUAUGUGACAAAUGUGGGAAAGCAUUUUUCCAGAAGAAUCAUCUUGCCUUACACUCACGGCAACAUAUGGAUCAUGCCAAUAACUCCCAGCAGCAGCAACAACAGCAACAGCAGCAGCAACAGUCACAGUCACAGCAACAGCAGCCACAGACCCAGCAGUCGCAACCUCAGCAAUCACAGCAGCAGCAGCAGCAGCAGCAACAACAACAACAACAACAACAAUCAAAUCCACCACCACCACAACAGCAAUCACAGCAACAACAGCAGUCACCACAACAGCUUCAAGCUCAACAAUUGCAAGUUCAGCAGCAACAACAGCAACAAUUGCAAGUUCAACAACUCCAGUCUCAGCAAACACAACAUCAACCUUUACAAACUCAACUGCAAUCUCCUCAAACACAAUCUCUUCAGUCACCUCUUCAGUCACAGCAACAGCAAACACAACUACCACAAUCUCAGAUGCAACAAACACCUCAGUUGCAAACUCAAGCACAACUACAACAGCAACCACAACUUCAGUCACAACAGUUGCAACAACAAUUACAACAAACACAAAUGCCCCAAACACAAUCUCAGUUACAGCAGUCACAGCUACAACCUCAACAAUCUACACUAACUCAAUCACAACCACAGUCACCUGUGCAACAGGACACAAAACCAUUUACGGUUCUUAUUCCUGCUCCUGGUGAAACAUCUCAGUCACCAGACAAAUUUGAAGUUCUUAUCCCAGCACCUGGGGAGUAGGAUUAUCAAUUGCCAUUUUAUUUCUUUGUCAGGUGCUAAACAUGUAAGCUAUGGCUCCAUUUGCUGUAUAAUACUGCAGGUUCAUGUUUAAUUAUUGUUUGUUUUAAAGUGACACUGGUGGACAAUAGUUGGUGAAAUACACUUGUUGCCUGUUAAGAUUUCAGGCCAAAUUCAUUCAACACUUUGAACAGGCUACAGUGCUGUUAAUUUUGUGUGCCCAGAUACUUUAUUAGUGCUUUUUAUGUCUUGUCCCUGCAGCAAUAACUUUGUCAUUAGAUUUAUAAAACACAAAGAUUUUAGAAACGUUUUGUGUAAAAUGUAGUUAUCUGAAUCUUCAUGCAGCUUUGGAAAUAUAGUUAAUUGAGAAUUCUGUGUGUAGUGUAUAGAAGAUGUAGUGAGAUGUAAAUCACUGAAAGAAUCUGAUAAGAAUUGUGAAUUCUGUUUUAAUGUUUGAGCAGCUUUCUCCAUGAUGAAACUAGCUGACGGUACCUAUUAUUGUAGUGAUGUAUUUUAUAUUGAAUAUAAACCCAGUGAGUGAAACAUAUCAAGGUUUCAACUAGUAGUGACCUGUAUCCAAGUAGAAGUAUUCAGUGAAACUGAAUAAGUGUAACUUUUUUUAAACAAUUAUUUGUACAUAGUAUAUUCAGUAUUUUAUUAUUCUCUUGAAUGUGAAAGGGAAUUGCCAUUUGUUGUUCAAUUACAAUCAUUUUGUACCAACACUACUUUCUGUACAUAAUUGAUUUUGUUAUCAAAUUGUGUUCACAUUUAUGGGGAGUAGUCAAUAAGGUAUUGCUUUUAAACAUUGUUAAUUCUUUGGUGAAGUAAAAUAGGCUUUUGUGCCUUUUAUGUUCUCCUUGCCUUAAACUUGAAAGGUUGCAAAGAUAAGAUUUUAUUUUUUCAGAAAUGAAAUUAAGCCCACCUUCAACUAAUUUGCCAUUUUUGAGAUAUUUUUAUAUUAAAAAUAAUGAUUUAUGUUUAAGUUUCUUCUCGUGAUAUUUUCAUAUCUCUGUAAGUUUAUGAAAAGAUUUUUGUUCGUACCUUGAGAUGUAGCUGCUAUAUUUUUUCAAAAUAUCUACAAGUAUUCUGCAUGAUAUGACAGUGGUAUGCAUACGAUAUUCAACCACAUAAAACAUGUCAUAAGUAAUGUGAUUGAGGAUGUGAAUUUGUUGGAAAUGUUUGUUGUUAUGGUUAGAUUUUGUUCAUACUUGAAGGAAUGGCAGACUAAGAUUAUAAAUUCUUCCAUCUAUGUAUUAAUCUCUUAUAUUGUGAUUUUUUUACAAGUUAACUUACACUUAAUGAGUAAAUUGGGUAAUGGAUACUCCCAAGCCUAUCGGCAGUCUGAUCAAGUAUGCAUAAAUUGAAUAAUCAGUGUGUACUCAUGCCUACAAUACCAAUAUUUAACCGUAACUAUAUCUUGUGACUUUUUAGUUCCACUUUUAAUCUAGUCAUUCUAAUAAGUUCUGCUAAGUCUUCUGAGUUUUUGUGUAAUUCUCUAGAUUUCCAUUUUUACUUUCUUGCUACAGCCUAUACAGUAUAGUGAGGUAAUUUAAAUAAUUACUCCUAUCAUAGUGUAGCCAGAAGCCAUCUUUUGUGGGUUCUUGAUACUGGAAAAUAGUGUGACAUCAAAACAUCUUGAGCCCAUUUUCUUCAAAAUUGACAUUCCCCUUUUGAGCUGGAUGCGGCCCCGUGAAUUUGAAACUGAUAUUUUAAUUUUGGGGGUACUGAAUACCAAGUCUCUAGAAUAUCUUCUGAAAUAAGGUCAUGUACAAUUUUUCGAAUAUUAGAGCACUUUAUCGCAUAAUUUUGCAUGAAAUAAAGGCAGUUUUAAUUUUGUUUGGACAUUUCUUCUCAAAGAAAAAAGGCACCAAAUUUUGGUAUUAGAUGUUGACAUCCAAUAGCAUAAAGAAAUAUUUGUUUUUAAUUUAGCAUAGAACAUAAGCAAUUUUAAAAAUAUUUAAUAUUUUUUCUCAGAAACGGCUCCAAUAUUUUUCUCUCUCUCUCCACCCGGUAUGUAAUAAAGAAAGUGCCGAUGUUUCCAUUUUCGUUGCACUCUGUAUUUUUGAAUAUUGGAAAAAAAAAUUCAAAAUGGUAAAUUCGAAUUUCCCACGCUUUGUUUGAAGCUGUGUCAAUAUAUAAGACCAGCACUUCAGGUAGUGUCAAUUUAUAAUAACUUUAAUUGAAAUUGACUCAAUUACUUUUAUUGGGCAAAAAAUUACAAAUUACAAAUUUACAAGAAUUUAACAUUGCAGAAGUAGUUUUUGUGAAAUUAUAUUUUUAAUGAUAAAUGAGACUUACGAUUUUUUGUUAAAUGAAAUUAUUCUAUUAGAAUGUAGUAAUGGCAUUCUGCUCUGCAGGACAGCAAUUGUAGAUCUGUGAAUUUCGUCUCUGUUGGGGCAUGAUUUAGCUGUAUGAAGCACAAGUUUUAAUUAAAUUUAUGUUGGUAUUAGCUUGAAAAUAUUUACAUUUUGCACCUAAUGUUUUACAAUUUGUAAUGAGUUAUACAAAAUAUUAUGACUGAGAUGUGUUAAUUAAAACAAAUUGCUGUAUUAAUAGUAUUUUGUAACCAUUACCUAUGGCAAGAAGGCUGGUGCAGGAAACAAUACAAGAAAAUAUAUGCUAUCGGGGAAGCUCUAGUUCUCUCUUGAUGGCUGUCAAUAAAUUGUGUAACGCAAAUUUGGAGUAUUUUGAUCCCCCCCCAUGAAAGAAGUGAAAAUAAAUAAUAGUACAAUAAAAAUAAUAAUUAAGGUUGAAAUUAGUUGGUAAUGCUGACUGCACCUAACAGUAUUAUUGGGGGCAAGUUGUGAGUGAAGGAAUUGGUAACAAAAUUUGAACACAAGCUGUGCAAACUUCGGCGAGAUAUUGCGAGUGGAUGAGCGAGUCUACUCCAUCAAAUUAAAUGGAUUAUACAAUACGCAUUCGAUAUUAUACAUAUUCGGUAAAAUGAAUUUGUGAAAAAAUAUUUCCAUUGUAACAAUUUACAUCCAAUAACUUAAAUUUAUUUGUUUUAAAACAGAUUAAUUAGUUUUAAUGUUUUAGUACAAGAUUCAAGAAAAAAAAAAUUAUUUCAGCAAAUGCUGAAAAAUGUACAUAAAUAUAUAAAAAAUCAAGGUAACAUAACACUUAACUAAUACCCUCCCACCACUAUGUAAUACUGCUUUAUGCUGCCUCAAACAUCUUUGCUCCCUCUUUUGCGUUACAGAAUUAAUGGACAACCCCUCUCCUCUAUAAUUAAUUGAAUAGUUAUUGAUAUUUUAAUUUGGGAUGCAGUUUUCCCUCUUCAUCUCAUUAAGUGAAUAUUUAGUUUCAUAUUUUUCAAGUUAUGUUUCUUUUUUAUAUCCAAUCUAUUUUAAUAAACUUCUGAAGUGUGUUGUGUUUGUAUAGAAAGAAAUGCCUUUGAUUUAUAUUUAAUUAUUUUUUGUAUUUCUAGAAGAGUGUGAAUUCUGUAUGCACAAUUUACUAUCAACUUCCAAAUUAAGGUUUUUUCAAUCACAAGAUAUGAGGUGUUUUGAAAAUAAGAUAUAUUAUUGUGGGUAUGAGAUAUUUUGUACCAGUCUAUUUAUUGGAGGAACAGGGCACUUAGUCACAUUUUCCUUAGUUACAGGACAGCAAUUCAAAGUCAUUGUAUUCUUACAUAAUUUAAUGACAAGACACUGCUUCAAUUGCUUUGUUAUUAAUGUCCUUUGGAUACAAUUAUCGGUACUUCCAGAAAGAGCAAUUAUAUUGAAAGUAAAAUAUCCUGUUUGAAGAAGGGAAAUAUAAGGAUGUAGUCCCCCUUUCCUCUGAAGCACAGAAAUAUUUUCAUUAAUCUUAUGUAAGAGACUAAGUUUUACUUCAUUUUGUAAAAACUUUUUAUUAUAACAAUCUUAGUCUGCCAUUUUGUUCAUAGAAUUGAAUGUUGAUCUCUUCAUCUAUGCUAUCUAAUGGCCACAAAACCUUAAUGCCUUGAGAAUUAUAUCUGUGUUCUGUAGAUCAGGUAAUAUAUUAGGUGAAUGUUUAUAUCAUGUGAUUUGUCUGCAACAUCAAGUUAUCCAAGAAUGUCUAAAGCACUAUUGACAUGACUGAUUUUCAUAAAUUAUACAGAUGAAAUCUAACACAUAAGCUAUUCAGGAGUUAAAUUAUUGUGAACUUCAUGUAAGAAUACAAAUUAUUUGUUUCUUAUUAAUUCUGCAAUUUUUCUUUUUAAUUAGAUCCAAACUACAUAAGUGUAGAACAAGUGAUUUUUAACAUGUUUGGUUCCCCUCUUUCUAAUUGCCAUUGUAAGUGAUGUUAUCAACUUGCAUUAUUCUCUACCAGUCUGUAUCUUUAGUUUGGAAAAAUUAACAUUUGAGUGUUCUUUCAAUAUACUGUAAAAUCGGUGUACAUUGUAUUGGUGUUUUCGUUAGUGAAGAAACAAACCCAACUAUGUAUGUAAGUGCAACCACCUCAUUGGUUAACAGGGUUGUAGAAAAACAUUGACUCGAAAUUUUCCCUUGAUUUCCCUAUUGGAAAUGUUGAAAAUAUUGAAAAUAAGCUGUUUACCCAGAAAUACUGAACACCUCUUAAUUUCUUUUUAAGUCACCAUUUAGAAAAAUAUUGUAAUACUUCGGUUGUAUGAAGUUUUAGAUUUAAUUUUGUCUGGCUUCAUUCGUGACCUUAUUCUAAUGGAAUAAAAAUUAAAUUGGAAAUAAUUUCCAUACUUUCCAUUAGUGUCUCAGAAUUAUUUCCAAGAUACAAAUAAUUUAAUUUUUAUUCUUGGUGGUGUGGAUUCUUAAUGUUCUGAUAGAACUCUAGGAAAAUUUACACAACUGAAUUUGCAGAAACAAUUAUUAUUUUUCUUGGUUCUAAUCAAUUGUAAUGUGGAUAAAUUUUUUCUAAGUUUUAAACUUCUAAUGUUACACUUUUAUUCAUUCAAGACAUUUCAUUUAAAAACUGUUUUAUGACUUACAACUUUAUUUCAUACACUGUUUGCACCACCACAUUAAACGUUCCCGCCACUAAUUUGCUAUGCCAAAUGUAUCAUGUCUCUCAAUACAAUACUAGCAUAACAUUAAAACAAUAUUAGCAUACAAUACAAUGAACCAUAACUCUUAGUAAAUAUAAUUCAGAUUUUAGAUUUUAAAAUGUUUUAUUUGUGCAAUCUUUUAUAGCAUAAUAAACUAAUAACUAUUGACAAUAUAUGGAAAUUUAUUUUUCAUCAAUCAAAUAGGUUUAUACUAAAUGCAUUCUAGUUCAUGUAGAAUUAAGACUAUAGUUGUAUGGAAUAUAUAUUUAAAAUGAGGCAAUUUUCUUUGUUCCUUUGUUAAGCAUAGUAAUUACAGAAUCCAGUUGUCCAUGACCGGUUUACUUAUGCUUUCCACCGAUGUAUUUUCUCCUAGUCAGCUUUUAAAGUGCCCCUACAUUUUAUCAUAUAUGUACAAUCAAUAGAAUUUGUUACAGGAAGAUGUGUUAUAAUAAAGAAUGUGUGUUGUGAAGUAGUGGAAUUUGUAAUUGGAAUUGGUAAAAUAGUACAAGCAAAACUCACAAAAUACUGCGGAGAUGGGAGGAAAAACAUUGGCAUGAUUGUUUCUAUGGUGCAUUUGAUGUAGGAAUUUUAUCAAAAUUAAAUACAAAAAUUAACUAUUCAUAUACAUUUUAUUGAAUUGGAUUUUAAUUUUUAAAAAAAUUUAUUUGUGUAGAAAUACAUAUUCUUUGCUAAAAUAAUUCAUUAUAUUUUCUUUUCAGAAUAUUACAUGCCAUUUUUCAUCAAAAUGUAUUACCUGUGGUGGCUGCUUAGUAAUCAUAUUUUCAUUCAAUUGUAAUUGAACGUUUUGUAGAUGUACUUGUAGUCUUGUUUUUAGACUUGCAAUAAACCUUUGCACUAAUAGAAACAAUUAUUUGGCCUUUAAUCUGCUCUUUUAAAAUUUGCUUUAUAAAAUUAUUCCAUGUCCAUUGAAGAAUGGUGUUGAUGUAGGACCUCUGUUUCAGUCCAUCUGAUACUACUUUUUUAAGAAAAUGAUACCAUAGUGCUUUAUUACUCAUCGGUGAAUGUUUGUAAGUGUGUACAAAUUGUGUCAUUUUAGGAAAGAAAAUUUUAUUCAGGUAUCUUGUGACAAACUGAUUGAAAUAAAGUAUUAAAAUUCACUGGUAUUGCUACUAAAAUGGUGUCAAAUAGUCCAAGGAAAAGAACAUUUUUAUUAUAAUUUAUUUAGCUGUAGAGAUGAAUUGUAAAUAUUGAAUAAUUCACUGCUGAAAAUAAAAACAAUUCACACUAGCAAAAGCUUGGGUAAACAUCAUGUACAGUAUUAACAAGGGUUGCAUGUGGUAAUGGAACACAUUCAAGAAUAGAAUUUGUGUUAGCUACAAUAAACAGUAAAGAAC